AUGAACGAGACUGCUGAAUCACAUCACGAUGAACACGGACAUUUUGAAGGAAUUCCAGCAGCAUCAGUCACACUUUUGGCAGGAAUUUGUAGCGCUUUGCUUGGCUUCGUUUCAUUCGCAACAAACAGUGUUCUUCUAUGGACUCUUUUCAAAGAUCCGUACAUGUAUUUCCGAGUGCGCCCCACAACUUUCCUCGUGGUAAGCCUCUCGUUAAGUGAUUUACUUGGAGGGAGUUUCGCGCAACCUUUGUACUCAACAUACAUGCUUUGCCUUCCAUAUAAAGUCAAUUUACCAAGCCUACACAAGAUUUCUACUGUUUCUUCUCAUAUUAGCACCAAAAUAUCAAUUUCAACGGUCGUGGCGUUAUCAGUGGAUAGAUUUCUGGCUAUAAAGCUUAUUUGGAAGUAUAGGACGCUUAUAACAUUGCGAAAGGUCGUCAUAUGUAACAUUUUGAUAUGGCUCUUUUGUGGGCUGUUUGAAGCAUUGCACUCCAUAAGUACAUCAAAGGAAAUAUUCCACACAGUGGAUCUUCAUAUUCAGUCUACGGCUCCACUGACAAUACUUUGCGCUGUCAACGCAGCGACUUACAUUGAAUUCCGCCGAUAUUCAAGAAACGUCACGUUUCUGCAACAAGACAAUGGAGGAAGAUCGCGCGUUUUUGCUCGGAACAUCCGUGUGGAAAAAAAGAUCGUUUUGACAAUUAUUCUGAUCACAAUCGUGUUGUUUAUAUCAAUUAUGCCCUAUCUAAUUGUUACUAACUUGGAGGAGUGGUGUCCCAAGGAACAAAGCAAUGUGUGUGAUGGGCCAGCUUUUGAAAUAUCCAGAGCUCUAUCAAUGUCGAUGUUGUGCGUAAGCUGCGCUGUAAAUCCGUUUCUAUACGCGUGGAGAAUACCGCAGUAUCGACAAGCGCUAAGAGCUGUUUGCCGCACAACUUUCAGCAGGUUUGCUUGA